AUGGUGAUUGCCGGAGCUCAUGAGCCGUCGCCAGAGCUUGUUGCCGCCUGGUCGGCUGUCGUCGCCAAGCCUCCGUCGGGGCCCGAAAAGGUGACCAUGGCGACGAAGCCCCCUCUACCGCCGGCUCUGAAGCCCGUGACAACAGACGCUGAAAGGACUCUUCCCCUCGCACCCGCGGAUCCCCAUGGCGGGGGCGGGGCGGGCCCGGCUGCCCCUGUUGUUGAUCCGGCUGCUCCGGCUGCAGCUCUUGUUCCCCUCGCUCCUGUGGUUGUGCCGACGGCGUCUGCUCCUCCUGGGGGAGUUGCUGACCCCCCUGCUCCUGCCCCUGGCGCGCCCGUUGCGCCGGCCGCUUCUGUCCCCGACGUGCCUGCGCCGUUGUCUGCUUCGUCCCCGCAGGCGGGGUCCGCCACCACUGGCGGCCCGACCCCGAUGGUUGAGGCUCCGGCCGUGGACCCGACUGCACCUGCUGCGCUCCCGACGGCCCCGGUAGCGCAGCCGUCUCGUCCCCCGUCGCCGGACCGCCGCCUAUCCCGCCCCCACUCUCCCGCGCCCCAACAGGAGCGCGAGUCGUCGCGGCGCCGGCGCAACUCUCCCCGGCGCUACCAGCCGCCGGCCCAAUGGCCUGCUCACCCCGGUGGUAAUGCGGGCUGGAGGGGUCCCCGCGGGCGUGGCGGUGGCGGGGGUUACCGCCGGCCUGUGACAAUGGCGGAUCUUCAGCGGGAAGUGUCGCGGGCCGUGCGCGAAGAGCGGGCGGCGCAGAGCCAGAGCAGUUCGCUGCGGGCCGCGCCAGCGCGCGUGGCUCCUCGUCUGGCUGAGCCUCCCGUGGUCCCUCCGCCAGCCGCUGCACUUCCCCCUCCUGACUUUGCCCCAUCGGUUCAUGCUCCUGCUGCCUCGGCCCCUCCCUCUGGCUCUCGUCUCCAUCUGCCGCCGGUUCCGCCUGUUGCGGGAGUGGAGUUUGUUGCUGCGGAGGCGACGCUUGGCCAGCUUCACCGACUCGCGGAGAGCCUCCACGCGUUGCUGCUGAUUCAAGUUCUCGCUCACUCGUCCCUCCCCGUGACUCCUCCAGAGACUUUCCGCGAACGCCAGCGUGACACGUGCUUGGACGCGGCGGACCAGCUCGCGUCGCUGCUGGCGCCCGUGUUGGCUGCGCCCGCGGAGGGUGGGGCUGCUGCUGCGGGACAGCUUGACGAGGCUGUCCGGGGCUUGAGGCGGCACUUGCGCGAAGGAUCUGGAGCCGCGGCGAUCGGCGCAAGCACGCUUGUGGUCCGGGAGCUGUGGCGCUCCCUGACGGGCGUUCUUCACGCCCUUGGAGCUCACCGCAUGUAG